AUGGGCCUAUCACUGUAUAGAAACCGACACACCCUGGUCCAAUACCUUCCACAGCCGCCGCCAGUUGAAGAGCCGCUUCCGCAUGAGGCACAGCUAUGCCAGGCAACCGCCCCAAACAACUCUGUCGCGUCGCCCUCCAACAUGCGCAUUGGAAAAUGCACUGCGCACUACGGGAAGAUACGGCCGACGUACGAACGGGCGCGCCGCACACAUGACCUCCACAACAAAAUCCACGGCAUCCGGCCGCUCGUGCUGCGCGAGGAGCUCGUCGAGGGGCUCUGGAACAAGCCCGCCUUCAUCCUUUCCGUCCUGCUGGACGAGCUGCAGAAGCCCGCGGAAAGCCGGCUGCAGUGGCUCCUCUGGGUCGACAUCGACACCAUCGUGCUCAACCCGUGCGUGCCGAUGCAGGCCUUCCUGCCGCCCGACGACCUAAAGAACGUGCACAUGGUGGUGACAAAGGACUGGAACGGGCUCAACAACGGCGUCUUCUUCGUGCGCGUCGACGCGUGGGCGGUCGAGCUGUUCAGCAACAUCCUGGCCUUCCGGUACUACCGCCCGGACGUCUACCUGCGCUUCACCGAGCAGAGCGCCAUGUCCCUGCUGCUCGAGGAGGAGAAGUUCCGCGACGGCGCCGUGUACGUCCCGCAGCGCUGGUUCAACUCGUACCCGGGCAACGCCAACGACAAGCUCGAGAAGUUCCAGACACGCCGCGGCGACUUCCUCGUCCACUUGGCUGGCUGGGGCGAGAAGAGCAUGAUCAUGAGGGAAUGGCUUGCCAUCGCCGAGAGGCAUGCGCCCGAUUGGAUGCUCGAGUUCUGGCGCACAGCAUAUCCCGAUGAGGUUGAGGAGUUUUGGACAAACUAUGCGGAUAAGGAUUGA